UCUUUCCAUGCCAAAAGGAAACAAUGGGGAUCUGCCACUUGGCAAAGUAUAAUUCGAAAACACUGGACGAGUUGUCAGAACCAGGCGCUGGUCUGCUCAGGGGCGAGGGGCGUGUUAUGUUGUCCGCCUGAAAAAGGGACUGAGCCGAGGCACAUUGCGCAGGGAAUUCUUGCAAGCAGCUCAAGAAAGUUGUAGGAGAAACAGUUCUGUCAGCACAGUUCUGGCGUUCACUGCCAUCCUUUCUCACCAUGCUCUGCAGCCAUAACCCCAUCAGUGGGUGUCCUCCUUCCAUCUAGUAAAGUUCAGGUGCUGCUUCAGCCAUGACUGAAUUCGGGACCCCGCCACUUUGUACAGAAAGCUAUGGUUCCCGCAGAGCCCAGCAUUACCAUCAUUUGCCUGAUGGGAAUCUGAGAUGUGUCCCAGUAAGACCUGAACAUCAGGCAUACCGUUCACUGCGGGAUGUCUUCAUGUCAGUCUUCCUACCUCAGGGUUAUCCUGAAAGUGUAAGCCCGGAUUAUCUUGCCUACCAGACCUGGGACACUGUGCAGGCCUUUGCUAGUAGCAUCACAGGAACUUUGGCCACCCAGGCUGUGCUGAAAGGGGUGGGAGUUGGAGACGAGACUUCAACCGUCACAGCUGCUACUGUCACUUGGAUACUGAAAGAUGGGACAGGAAUGCUGGGGCGAAUUCUUUUUGCAUGGAGCAAGGGGAGCAAACUGGACUGUGAUGCCAAACAAUGGAGGCUCUUCGCAGAUGCACUCAACGAUGUUGCCAUCUUAAUGGAGAUCAUGGCACCUGCAUUCCCAGCAUGCUUUACUCUCAUUGUGUGCAUCAGUGGUUUUUUUAAGUGCAUUGUGGGAGUUGCUGGAGGCGCCACUCGGGCAGCCCUUACCAUGCACCAGGCCCGGCGGGACAACAUGGCGGAUGUGUCAGCCAAGGAUGGAAGCCAGGAGACGCUGGUGAACUUAGCUGGCCUUCUCUGCAGUCUGUUCCUCAUUCCUCUUGUGGCUGACAACCUCCACCUCACUUACUCCUUCUAUGGUCUCUUCACCCUCUUGCAUCUCUAUGCCAACUAUCGGGCCGUGCGGGCUGUCUGCAUGGAGACUCUCAACCGGGCCCGGCUGCGUCUUGUCUUGCACCAUUUCUUGCGAUGGGGGAAAGUGCCAGGCCCUGCUCUGGCCAACCCCAAGGAGCCUCUGUUGUUAGGGUUCCGUCAGCAACUGAAGCUUACCCUGGGGGCUCCGCUACACACUGUGGUGUCCAGCACUGCUGACUUCCAGAAAGCUCUUGAGGGGAACUCUUCCAACUACUUAAUAUUCUUCGAACAAGCAACAGGGACAGUCUCUGUGGUUCUACACCAACAAGCAGGCAGCGUGGAUGUCAUUAAAGCCUGUAGCCAUGCUCUUGUCUUAGAGGCUUUGCUGUAUCAGGACGUAGCAGCGUUCGCUGUGGAAAGAGAACCUCUCUUGGCUCUGCAGCGCAGGCUACGGAAAGAACCUUGUGCAAAGGACUGGAGUACAGUUUCUGAAAUGCAUCAACUAUUGGACAGGAUAUUCCCCACGUUCCUGAUAGGACUGAUGACAGCAGGGUGGAUUACUGACCGGAACCUUCUAGGGCCUGAGGAGUGGCGUGUGGAUUGGGCUGUGAAUGAGAAGAAAAGUCUUUGACUCUGGGAGAGCAUUAGCAUUGAUACCAGGGACUCCUCUUGCCAAAGUGAGAAGGGAACUAGCCCCGGUUGCCUUUGCGAUGCCGGUAAAUGUAAUGCCAAAGUGAAGAAAAGGAGGGGGCAAUAGGUCUAUUCUCUGUCCCUCUGAAAGUACUUAUUUUUUUGUUUGUGGCAGGAUCACAAAAAUAAAACUUUGUAUAGAUGUUCAAAAUAAUGACCUUUUAGCCCUUGUUCAGGGAG